AUGGAUCGAUUUAUUCGUAGUGUUUGGGAAGUGAUUGAAGGCCAACCAUGUACUCAAAGCUACGAAUUUGUCAACGAAGCUAAAGCUUUGCAAGCCUCUCUGCGAAAGAGUGCCGGUAACGUUACUUACAUUGUUGGCGGAGUUCUCAUUGAAGAUGAUAAAUUGUUAAUGAUUCAAGAAGCGAAAAAAUCUUGUCGAGGUUUAUGGUAUUUGCCAAUUGGAAGGUUAGAAACUGGUGAAACACUAGAGUUUUAUGCUUUUAUUUGCCUUUCCUUGUUCAUUAAGGCUGGUGCUCAACGCGAAGUAUUAGAAGAGAGCGGAAUUAAAUUUACACCGAAAUCUUUAGUUUGCGUAGAAUGGUAUGAUGGUCAUUGGAUUCGCUUCAUUUUUACAGGGCAAGAUGUGGAAGGUAAAUUAAAAACACCGGAACAGCAAGACCAUGAAUCGAUACAGGCAGAUUAUUUCACUGAUGAACAAGUCCGUAGCCAUUUAAAAUUAAGAUGUAAGGAUGCUCUGGAUGUCAUCUCGCGUACCCAAAGCUGCACAAAAGAAGUAUAUAUCCUUGCUGAAUUAGGCCCGAAUAUGCAUUUACCAAUUUCAGUUCUUGAUAAACACGCACGUAAGACAGGACCCGCUGCUGUCGAAAAUGCGGUAAAGUCUGCAGGAUAUCAUGGAACAUUCGACAUCAAAGGCGUACUUUCUGUAGAACACAGUGGAGAAACUAAUGGUCAUGAUGGAAUUUGGCUAACUUUAUUUGCAACAACUACAAAAUUUACAAAAGAUUCUAAAAACUGGAUAAAUAUCGAUAGUGACCAAGGAUUGAAACAAAAAAUUCUUAAAUUAAUGCAUGAGACAAAGUUAGUACCGAUAUAUACAGAUUGA